AUGCUAUGUGGUAUGAGGGAGUGAUACAAAGAAGUAUAAGAUAGUUCCAGGCUUCCAGGAAUUUACAGUCUGUUUGGAUAGAUAACGAACAAAAUAACUGUAGCACAGUGCAGUAAAUAAGUAUCAUACACUGGGUACAAUAAUUUCUACAGAAGUAGCUGUUUCUGUGUCUUUGUAUAGAUCUUUGUAAGACUGCUUUACUGCUGAACAGACCUCUUUCCCACUUAGAAGUGAUGAGGCUGUUGUUCCGAUCGUUUUGCCAAAAUGCCAGGCCAUGCUGAUAGCCUUAUGCUGCCCAGACAGAAGAGAGGGAGAUUAUCCCCUGCCCACACCCUGGCCCAUUAGAGGAGGGAAGUUUAGGGCUGUCCUGCCAACUUGACCCUGUUUACCAGCCAACCUCCCAGGUUCAAGCCAAGGCCUUUAACUUCAUGUUACUACAGCAGCUGUGGAGGUCACUUCUUCAGAUAACUACUCAGCUCUGGAAAAUGAGCAUCCUCAAGAGACUCCAGAAUCCAACAAUAGCGUGUAUACUUCCUUCAUGAAGUCUCAUCGCUGCUAUGACCUGAUUCCCACAAGCUCAAAAUUGGUUGUAUUUGAUACUUCCCUUCAGGUGAAGAAAGCUUUCUUUGCUUUGGUGACUAAUGGUGUCCGAGCUGCCCCUUUGUGGGAUAGUAAGAAGCAAAGUUUUGUGGGCAUGCUGACCAUCACUGAUUUCAUCAAUAUUCUGCACCGCUACUAUAAAUCAGCCCUGGUACAGAUCUAUGAGCUGGAAGAACACAAGAUAGAAACUUGGAGAGAGGUGUACCUACAGGACUCCUUUAAACCACUUGUCUGCAUUUCUCCUAAUGCCAGCUUGUUUGAUGCUGUUUCUUCAUUAAUUCGAAACAAGAUCCACAGGCUGCCAGUGAUUGACCCGGAAUCAGGCAACACCUUGUACAUCCUCACCCACAAGCGCAUCCUCAAAUUCCUCAAGUUGUUUAUCACUGAGUUCCCCAAGCCAGAGUUCAUGUCUAAGUCUCUGGAAGAGCUACAGAUCGGCACCUAUGCUAACAUUGCUAUGGUCCGCACUACUACCCCCGUCUAUGUGGCUCUGGGCAUCUUUGUACAGCACCGAGUCUCAGCCCUGCCAGUGGUGGAUGAGAAAGGGCGUGUGGUGGACAUCUACUCCAAGUUUGAUGUUAUCAAUCUGGCAGCAGAAAAGACCUACAACAACCUAGAUGUGUCAGUGACCAAAGCCCUGCAACAUCGAUCGCAUCACUUUGAGGGUGUCCUCAAGUGCUACCUGCAUGAGACUCUGGAAACCAUCAUCAACAGGCUGGUAGAAGCAGAGGUUCACCGACUUGUAGUGGUGGAUGAGAAUGAUGUGGUCAAGGGAAUUGUAUCACUGUCUGACAUCCUGCAGGCCCUGGUGCUCACAGGCGGAGAGAAGCCCUGAGCCAGGGGAAGGGGUCAUGCAGCACCAGGGGUUAUGCCCCACUCACUGCCUGCCCAAAGCUCUGGGAACCAGAGACGAGAACUUUAGAGAAUUGUGACUCUGUUCCCUGCCCGGGAGCCCCCUACCCUUCUACAUGGGAGUGAGGGAAGGUGUGGGGGAGGAAGGAGAAUGGAUUUUUAGCUGUCCUUAUCCUCACCCUUGAGGAAAACUUUCAGCCUAGUCCCCGUCCACUUAGACAUAGCCCCCUUUCUGUGCCCCUCAGGCAAAUUCUGAUCUCUGAGAGAUCCCCAGACCUCACCCAGCCUUUGCCUCUAUCUGUCCCUGACUCCACCCUAAGAUAAUGGACACAACAAAACUCUUCAUAAAGAUAUUUUUAUUCAUCCUG